AUGGAGAGCAUGACAUGGCUCACCAUAGAUGAUUCAGAUACAGAUGACAGCUCCUACGACACCACCCAGUCGCCCUCCCGCUCUCGCUUCCACCGCAGGGCGGGCACGCAUACGCCGCCACCGAAUCUGAAUACCGAGCCGGGGAGAUUCUCGCGCGAGCAGUCCCCAUUGACAACGACCCGGCCAGGCACACCGUCGCGCUUCGAUUCCAAGUCCUCCGAUGUCCCAGCGUCCCCUCUGGUCAAUCCGACCUCUGCACUGCUACAGGGUCUGAUCAAGGAGCAACGAGCCUCGCGCGGAUCCUCUCGACGUGCAGUCUCCGAAAUUGCUGAUGAUAUCCCAACCGUCACACCGCCGUCCACCCGGUCCCAUGAAGAUUCACAGUCAGAGAAACAAAGGAAGGUGAACAGUGCCCUGUCCGCAGGGCUGAGACAGCCACGGGAGAUGGGUUUCAGAGAAAUGGACCAGUAUAUCUCAAAAAUAAACAAGCUUAACUUCGAUCUCAAACUCGAGGUCUUCCAUCGUACACAGCAAGUUGCUGCUCUGGACAAGAAGCUAGAACGCAUGCAGGAACUGGAAGAGGAACUCGAGCGCAUGCAUGGCCUGGAGGAUGAGCUGCAGGAGCUCCGUGGCGUAGAGGAACACAACCAACGACUACGAGACUCCAACGAGCAGCUUCGACUGGAGCUGGACAAACGCGACCAUGCUGUCACGGAGGCGGUCGAACUCAUCUGCCAACUUGAAGCGAGAAUUGAAGAACUGGAGGGCGGACGACACGAGUCGCGGCCGUCGACUGCUCGACCCUCCAGCGACGAGGACUGCAAAGACCGCGAGCCCGCAACCCCGCAAAUCUCUACGCCCAAAGCGCAGAUGAUCGUGGAUAUACCGGAGAGAAGUUCGUCCAAACGAGGCACGCGGGUCCGUCAGCUACAGAAAGACAGUUUUGAGAGCAUAUACCCAAGGAGAGCACCCUCCUUCCUCCGCGAUGAGACCAAGAGUGCUAGUGCAUUGCGAAGCCUGUACGCCGGCAAUGAGACCAAGUCUCACCGUGCGCCUAGCAUUAUGACGAGAUCCGAGAGCUGGCAGUCCAGUUAUCAACCCAGCGAACCUGACUCGCCUCGCUUGAGUGCUCUCAGUGAGUGCAGCGAUCUCAAGCCGGAAGACGACAGUGCCAUCAAGAAUGACGGAUUUGAUGAAUUGGACCUCGCUCCUGAGCCGACGGCUGGUAAGGCCAAGCUUCCAGAUAGUUUCCGCUCGACUGGCGAGGAUGAGGAAAGCAAGAUUGCCCGCAUCAACCGCUGGAUCCCGCCACGUCCAGAUGUUUUCCAAGCCCCGGCAUCUAGAACCAGAAACCGGGCAGUGUCCGAUGUUUCCUGGAUGCGGUCGGGCUUGGAGAACCAGACCGGAGCCAAAGGCGAGCCUCAAUCAUCGGAUUCUAACCAUUUGGACGUUGCCGUCUUCGGCAGUGGAAGGCUUCCGCCCACACCAGAUACCAUGAGCACCUCAUACGCGGGCAUGAGAAACAGCUCCAACGGCAGCAUUGUUGCUGAGAAGAGUCGCGUUGACCAGGCUCCGCUGUACCUGCGGCGGAAGCUACACCGUCCAUCGUCCGCGGGCGACAUAGCGCUGCGGCCGAGUACUGCCACCACUGGCAUAUCAGACAGUAUGGAGACUUCAUUGAGCGAGAUAUCCCAACGUGGAUUAACCGUCCGUACGCGAGAUGACUAUCCCACCAUGCUGCCGUUCUUUGGUCAAGGCACUUCCAAGGUCCACCGCCUACUUGGUCCGGGCAGUCCUACGAACCCGCGACUCGCCCGUUACGGUGGUGAUCUCAUGUUCAACGGAGAAGGCAUCGAGGAGGUAACCAGAGAGUCUGAGGACUACACGCCGUCGCUGCAGUCCGCUGCGUCUGAGCUUACCUCAACGCAAUACGGACCUCCCUCGUCGCCUCCGCUAACGCCUGACGAUUGGAUGGAGGCCGCUAAACAUGGCCCGCGCUCUCGAAAGGAGGACUCUCGGAGAAGUAGCCAAGAGACGACAGAAGUGAUGGAGCCUACUCUGGAUCCUGACUUUCUCCCUCCUACCCCGGAACACCGUGCAGGUUUCUUGACUAGCAAGCCCGCAGCUGAGGAGCCCCAGCUCCCCCGUAACUCGCUCCGCCUGCGCGGAUGGGGAAGCAGCCCUGUUCAGUCCGAAUCUCAGACGCGGCGACGGAUCAGCUUGCGUCCGCCAUUCUUCAACCGCCUUAGGUCGAACUCGAAGAGCCUUCAGCAGUCGCCAAUGUCUGAUCCCGUCGAGCAGGAAGAUCUGGAUGACGGGGCUCCGUCUCCUAUAGUGCCCAAAGCACGAGGCCCAAACGGCGCAAAGCGCUCGCACACCGUCCAGGAUACCGCCGGCGGCCCGACAGCUCGCGUUGAAGAAGCCAGCAGGGAACUUACCAACAAGAUUCUGGCGCGGCAUUUUACCGAAGCGGACCGUCCCUCGACCUCGCACGGUGCGGAGUAUAACAACAAGCGCCGGAGCUCGAUAGGGCUCUUUGGGUGGAUGAAAGGAAAGGACUCUCAGCCCAGCUCGCCCGUGACUCCUGGGCGGACCUCGAGAGCCAGAGAUCGAUCUUCCUCGGUGUUUUCUUCACGUCCGCCCUCGGUCCUUACGACCUCGGGCAUGGAGCCCGCCAGCAUAGCGAAUAACGAGACAAUAUCAUCCGCCAAAGCCAAGCGUAUCUCUUCUGGUGAAGUAGACCUGCCAGGGCGAGCCAGAUACGUUGAGCGUCGAGCUCGAAAGAUGGCAGAACAGAUCAACAGGACUUGA